AUGGAAGCUGAUAGCGACGACGAAAUAUACUCCAGAGAUUCUCAGCAAAGUUCAGACGCUGAAGCAGGUGAUCCUAGUCCCUAUUCGGAAGAGGAAUAUGGUCUCGAUGAGACUUUACAACCUUUUAGCAAUGCUACCCCGUCUAGUUUGCCACCGAGUCGAAAAUCGUUUGCGGAAGAUUGUAAAACUUAUGACAUAGUUCCAUUAGUCGCUGCUAUUCACGCUUGUCACAUACAUUCACUUGACGCAACGAGGAAUAUGCGUUGGGUUUUUACUGGUGGCGAGGAUGGAUUUAUAAGAAAAUACGAUUUUUUUUCUUCAAUGUGUGGUAAAACUUUACUAACACAAAAUCAAAAACAUACACAAGUCGAAUCCGUUCAAAAGGCUGGUGUAAUAUCAUCAUAUUGGGAGAAUGAAGAAAUACCAGUAUCUCCACCAGUCACAGCCAAGCCUGAAAAACCUGAUGGUGUAACAGAAGAAGAUGCCACGCAAAAUGUAGAGGAACCACCAUUGCCGGAUUUAAAAAUGUCACCUGUUUAUAGUUUAGCAGUACAGUCUGAAGCCAUUUGGUUAUUAAGUGGUUUAGAGAGCGGCGCUAUUAAUUUAUUUACCGUUAGACACGAAGAAGGAAGGUGUCAUCAUGUUAUGCGAAGACAUAAACAACCUGUAUCGGUUUUGAAAAUAACUAGUGAUGAGACGAGCUUUGUGAGUGGUUCAUGGGACAAAACAAUACUGCAUUGGGAUCUCAAUACUGGCCAAGUUGUGCGAGAUUCCCCUACGUCACUUGAAACAGUGUUCGAAGAAUCAGAUAAUGCGAUUAUUAAUUCUAGAGACAUAUUACUUACUACGAGCAUUGAUGGCAAUUGCCUUGUAUGGGAUAAAAGGUCGGCAAAUUUGAUACCGAGGAAGUUACCACUUCCAGAAAAAACGCCCCCAUGGUGUUUAUCAGCUUGUUGGAGUGCUGAUGGUAAUAAAAUUUACAGUGGACGGCGUAAUGGAACUGUGGAUGAAUGGGAUUUUGCUUCGGGAAAAUUUAUUCGUUCAUUUAAAAUGCCAAGUAACUCAGGUCCGGUAUCUAGUGUGGCUAGCAUGCCUAACGGUAAACAUAUCGUAUGUGCAUCAACAGAUAAUAUAAGAUUAUGGAACGUUGGCGACGAUUCCGAGGCUAUAAAAUCGAUUGUUCCAUUUCUUAUCGUUCCAGGGCAUCACGGCGGAACCAUAUCACAAAUUUUGAUUGAUCCAGAUUGUCGAUAUAUGAUUACGACAUCCGGAAAUAGAGGAUGGGAGGGGGCAAGCACUGAAACUGCACU